UUAUUUAUUAUUCAACUGUCAAGCUACGGAGGCCUGGAUGUAUCAACAAACUCUGAUUUUCCACAGGAGGAAGAAGUCCUACUCAGACCCGGAACAAAGUUUACAGUUGAUAGCGUUGCCUAUAACGCGCACAACAGCAAACACAAUAUUCAUCUGAAGGUAAUCAAUCACACAUCUAAAGUACAAGACGCAUUCAACCAACUUACCGAUCAAUCAAUCGCAGACUUAGAUGACAAACAAUUCGACAGCCGUGAUGCAGAACUCGUAGCAUAUAAACUACAACAGAAUCAUACCAUUAUCACCCUUAGUCUUGGAAAAAAUAGCAUAGGUCCUGAAGGAGCUCAGGCAAUCGCCUAUCCGCUCAAACACAAUCACACACUUACCACUCUUAAUCUGUACGAUAACGAUAUAGGUGACCAAGGAGCCGAAGCAAUUGCGGAUGCACUAAAAUCCAAUCAGACUUUAACCCGUCUUUUUCUGCGAUUUAACCACAUAACUGAUCAAGGAGCUCAAGCAAUUGCUGAUGCGUUAAAACACAAUAAGACUCUCACCACCCUUGAUGUUGCAUAUAACUCAAUAUUUAAUCAAGGAGCUCAAGCAAUCGCGGAUGCACUUAAACACAAUCAGACGCUAACCACUCUUGGUUUUGACUCACACUUGGCCCAAUUUGAAGCAGCUCAAGCAAUCGCUGAUGCACUGGAAUACAAUCGGACUCUCACCACCCUUGAUCUUACACAUAAUAACACAGCUGAUGAAGAAGCACUAGGGAUAGCUGAUGCAUCUAAAUACAAUGAGACAAACACCAAUGCUCAGCUCCAAUGUAAUCAGACUGCUACCGCUCUUAAUGUUGAACGUAGGUACAUGGCUGCUGAAGGAGCUCAAGCGACCGCUGAUGCACUUAAACACAAUCAGACUCUCACCACUCUUAAUCUUCGAUACAACAACACAGCUGAUCCAGAAGAUCAAGCAAUCGCUGAUACCAGAAAAGAGACUGAGACCCCCGCGAGUCUUCCAGUAUCAAGCAAUAGAGCAUCACAUAAAGCAAUCCAAGUAAUCGACAGUGCACUGGAACAUGAUCAGACUACCAAGACUCUUAAUCCUGGAAACAACAACAUACCUGAUCAAAGAGUUAAUGCAAUCGCUGAUGCACCGAACGACAAUCCGACUCUCAGCACUAUUAAUCAUCGAUAUUACAACAUAGUUCGUGAUGGUCCUAAAACAAUCGCUCAUGCAGUGCAACGCAGUCAGAUGCUCAAAGCUCUUAAUCUUGGAUAUACAAACAGGAGUGAUCAAGGAGCUCAAGCAAUUGCUGAUGCACUGAAGGACAAUCACACUCUCACCACUCUUGAUCUUUCAUCUAACGAGGUGACUGCUGAAGGAGCUCAAGCAAUCGCCGAUGCGCUGAAGCACAAUCAGACUCUCACAACUCUUGGUCUUGGAUACAACAACAUUGAUGUUCAAGGCGCUCAAGCGAUCGCUGAUGCACUGAAGCACAAUCGGACUCUCACCACUCUUAAUAUUGCACAUAACAAUAUAGCUGAUGAAGGAGCUAUGGCGAUGGUUGAUGCACUCCAACAGAAUGAGACUCUAACUCAUGUUGAUCUUGGGGAGAACAAUAUAAGCUUUGAGGGAGUCGAAUUCAUGGGUGUUGCACUGAAACACAAUCAGACUCUCAUCGCUCUUAAUCUAGAAUGUAACGCGGUAGGUGCUGAAGGAACUGAAGCAAUCGCUGCUGCGCUAAAGUUCAAUCAUACUCUCACCACUUUAGAUCUAUCCACAGACCGAAUAACUUCUGAAGGAGCUCAAGCAAUCGCUGAUGCGCUGAAGCACAAUCAGACUCUCACCACUCUUGGUCUUGGAUACAACAACAUUGGUGAUCAAGGCGCUCAAGCGAUCGCUGAUGCGCUGAAGCACAAUCGGACUCUCACCACUCUUAAUGUUGGACAUAACAACAUAUCUGUUCAAGGAGCAGAAGCAAUCGCUCAUGCACUUAGACGCAACAAAACUCUCAGCGCUCUCAAUCUUCGAUCUAACGAAAUUGGUGAUCAAGGAUCUCAAACAAUCUGUGAUGGACUUAAACACAAUCGGACUCUCAGCAUUCUUAAUCUUGAACAUAACCGAAUUGGUCAUCAAGGUGCUGAGUCAAUUGCUGAUGCACUGAAAGAUAAUCAGACUCUCACUUGUCUUCUUCUUAAAUAUAACAGCGUAGCUGAUAAAGGAGCUCAGUCAAUCGGUUAUGCACUGAAGUACAAUUACACUCUCACCACUCUUGAUCUUUCAUCUACCCAAGUGGCUGCUGAAGGAGCUGAAACAAUCGCUGAUGGAUUGAAACACAAUCAGACUCUCAUGACGCUUAAUCUUGGAUACAACAACAUAGCUGAUAAAGGAGCUCAAUCAAUCGCUGAUGCACUGAAGAAAAAUCACACUCUCACCACUCUUGAUCUUUCAUGUAUCGAGGUGGCUGCUGAAGGAGCUGAAAGAAUAGCUGAUGGACUGAAACAUAAUCGGACUCUCACGACUCUUUGUCUUGAAAAUAAUAGCAUAGGUGGUCAAGGAGCUCAAGCCAUAGCUGAUGCUCUGAAACACAAUCACACUCUCACCACUCUUUACCUUCGAAGUAACGAGCUAGCUGUUGUAGGGGCUCAAGCCAUGGCUGAUGCACUGAAAUAUAAUCAGACUCUCACCACUCUUAAUCUUAUAUUGAACCAUAUAGCUGAUGAAGGAGCUCAAGCAAUCGCUGAUGCCCUGAAGCACAAUCAGACUCUCAUCACUCUUGGGCUUGGAUAUAACAACAUUGGUGAUCAAGGCGCUCAAGCGAUCGCUGAUGCACUGAAGCACAAUCAGACUCUCACUACUCUUUAUCUUGAAUUCAACAACAUUGGUGAUCAAGGCGCUCAAGCGAUCGCUGAUGCACUGAAGCACAAUCGGACUCUCACUACUCUUGUUCUUCAGUGUAACAAGGUAUCUGAUCAAAUAGCCGAAGCAAUCGCUGAUGCACUGGAACACAAUGAGACGCUCACGAAUCGUAAUGUUACAUAA